UCCAUACUCCAUUCCAGUCGGUGGCGGUAAUGCCCCGAAAAGUUAGGUUGCCAACCGUCAAUAAACACCAAAGAAGAAGAAGACCACUCCUCUCAUGGCAGAGGAAGGCAUGUGUGGUACAGAAAUAGAUACCAUUAACUAGUCGUCUCUUCAUAAUGGCCAGUCAGGGUGAUGGAGAGGUGUGGUACGCCCAUCCGGUUUACGCCCGAUACUGGCAGCACUACCAGCAGGCCAUGAGCUGGCACCAGAGGCAUAAGCGGGCAUACAGAAAAGCUGUGGAGUUUGGCUUCUUCCAGGCACUGUAUUUGAUGAACCCCUCUGCCGUCCAGCGAUACUCAGGCGGGCAUGCAGACGAGAGCUGGAGGAACGCUCACAGAGACAGAAGGACAGGUAGAGAAGAAGAAAGGGACAAUGAGGCCACUGAUUCAGACAGUGAGAUGGAGGAGGAGAGUUCGGAUGAGAGCCAGAUCGAGUGUGACGUCAGUAACAUGGACAUCUCAGAAGAGCUGCGACAAUACUUUGCCCAGACAGAGCGACACAGGCAGGAACUCAAGAAACAACAGCAGAUGGAGGCAGAGCAGCAAGACUCGUAUGUUCUAGCUGACCAAGACUUGCACAGAGUUUCCUGGCGCAGCAGCCUGCCUCCUUCAGAGCGUCCGGGAGAAAGGAGGACUGCAGAGAUGAAGAAGCUGUAUGGUAAAGAUGCAGCAAUGAUUCAGGGGAUGGAAGCGGCCAUGCAGCUCACCUUUGACCGCAACUGUGACAAAAAACAGCCCAAGUACUGGCCUGUUAUACCACUAAACCUGUAGGAUGAUCAGACCCCAUCAUUAGUAUGCCAGGCACAACAGUGCUGACAGUACUGAAGCGAUGCAUCAAAUCAGCAUCUCUGAGGACCUUUCGCAUACAUAGAACAAACACUUGUUAGGUCUUUAUAGACAGAUAAAGCAUUUAGAGAGUACUUUUAAUAAAUGUUCAGUUCAGUAUGAUCAGUAAAAGUUUGAAAGUUUGCGAUAUCUGUAUGUAAUGGCAUCCACACUGUUUUAUCGUUUUAAAGUUUCUCAUAUCAUGCAAAUGAUGGAUGCGCUGCUUAGAUUUCAGUGUCGUUCUUUUCAUGUAGUCAUUUCUCCCUAACUAGGUCAUUGCCUCCCCCACAGUCUUUGGUUAAUGUGUUUUGUCUGUCUCUUCUUUUUGCAUCUCACAUGAGCACAUGAGACAGUGUUUGCCGGCUUAUUCUCUGGUGCAGUUUUUACAUUCAAAUUUCUCCUUUUUUAAUGCAAAGAAGUCAUUGUUUAAUUAAUGUGGUUUGA